GAAUUGACAAAACAAGUGGAGGAAUUUUAUUCUGGGUGGAAAAGCAACCCACGAGUUUCCGUUUAAUUUGAAAAACGAAUAAAACUUGGGUGACAGAAUGAUGGAAAUAUUGCCGAUUUCGGCUGCUGACAAAGGAUCUGCCCGGCUACGACAGGCUAUCAACAAGGAAUUAUUUAUAUCUCGUUGCAAAAAUCGAAUCAAGGGGAAAAAGAAACUUCAAAAGUAUUUGCCUGAACGAUCCAGCUUUCUGUAUGAGUUUCUGGGCACUGCCGGGGGAGAUCUAAACUUGAAAACAAACAUUUACAAGGACUUCCUCGGAGAGGCAGGUCGCUCGGACGACAUCAAGAACAAGAUCAUCAGUUCAAUGAUUCCGGACGAGGUACUAUGGAAUGCGGAAGACUAUCGGCCACACCGUUUCAUGACCGCAAUGAUGUUUGCUGACGUGUCCGGGUUUACGGAUCUUUCGGAAAAGUUCAACCAACCUGGCAAAGGAGGAGCCUCCAAGCUUUCGCAAGUAUUGAACUCGUACCUCGGUGCGAUGGUACAAGAGAUUUUGUCCCACGGAGGCGAUAUAUUGAAGUUUUCCGGCGAUGCAUUUCUAGUACUGUUCAAGGUCACUUCGUCCGUUUCUCUGCCGGAUGCUACCCAUCGUGCCAUCGAUACGGCAAUCAUCAUUCAGAAGUCUUUUGGAGCCUAUGAAACGGAGGUCGGAGUAACGCUGAGGGUGAAGAUUGCGAUUUCAGCCGGAGAGGUUUACUUUUCGCUGAUUGGUACCGAAAAUUUUUCCCACUAUGUCGUGAUUGGACAGCCGGUUUGGAAGGUGAAAAUUGCGGAACGUAUCGCCGAAGCAGGCCAAAUUAUUGUCAACUACUUAGCAUGGAAUUAUAUUCACGAUAAUGAAUACAUCUCGGAACAAUGUGAGGACAGGGUACACUUUCGUAUCAAAGGCUUCACAAGUGAUUGGCGGUCGACUCAACGUUUGAAUAUAUUCGAUAUGCUACAAGAAGACCGCAUGGAUGAUGAUCGUUCUGAGAUUAUGAUUGGUGCCGAUGAAAUGAAGUUAGACACCGAAACCCUGGGAAUUCGACCCAGUCUUAAGCAUGUAGGAACUCGUGUGAUAUCUUCUUCUCUACGGAGGUUCUUGAUAAAACCGAUUCUCUAUGCGAUUGACAAUGAAGAGCCAAUGGAAUUUUUAACAGAGAUGCGUCAGAUUGUAACCGUUUUCCUAAACAUUGUACUAAGACCGAAGGAUAUACUACCAGUAAUUUACGAAAUUAAUUCUAUUUUAACAUCCUUAACUGCUCUUGUAGACACCUACGAAGGAACGGUUAACAAAGUAUCCUUAUUCGAUAAAGACGUGAUGUUCUUAAUUAUCUUCGGUCUACGAGGAUAUAAACAUGACCUGGAUAGUCAAUUGGCUUUACGUUGUGCUGCGGAAAUUCGCGAACUUUACAAAGUUAAUCCAAAAGUGCUCUCGGCAUCGAUCGGCGUUACUACAGGAAUGACUUACUGUGGAGUUGUUGGCCAUUUCGUGCGCCGUGAGUACUCAGUUAUUAGCGUUACGGUAAAUAAAGCGGCUCGCUUGAUGAUGGCAUACCCGAAUAAGGUUACCUGUGAUAAGGAUACGUUCAUGAUGAGCAAGCUAGAUCCGGUACACUUUACACUGCAAGAAGCGAUAGAGUUGAAGGGACUGCAAAAUGUGGGACCUAUCUACGAGUUCAAGGAAAUUAUCCCCGAACGAGAAAUGGUAAAACCGAUAGAAUAUGAAUACCCUUUAGUUGGAAGGAAUGAAAUUCUCGAAGUGUUUCAAGAGAUGCUAGAUGAUGGUCUAUUUCUCACGCAACAUAUGACCGCAAACGAUCAAAGUAAAAUUCAAGAAUACACGUAUCAAAGCUGCUUGUUAGUCAGAGGCGAAGCUCAAAUGGGAAAAACUCGCCUUUUGAAUGAAAUUUUUCACAUCUCUUUGAAGAACAAAAAAAUUAGUACGCUUAGAUUAACGCUAUCGAUGAACGAUGUUAAAAAACCCUUUUCGGCUGCCUGUUUGUACCUCUCAAGGCCACUCGGCUUCACAGAGACUAUCACCAGCAUAACAAGACAAAAUCGGGUCAAACAGUACCUUAAAGAGUACAACUUCAAUCAGCAUUUGGCACUGCUCAACGAAAUACUGGACACUGAGUUCGCGGAGACGGAUAUUCUGCGAAUGAUGAACAAGCCCGAACAAGAUGCUAUGAGGAAAAAACUAUUUGAAUUGCUGUGUCAAAAGGCUUUCCAAAACCUGUGGGUACUGAUCAUUGAUGAUGUUGAAUUUAUGGACGACGAAUCGUUUGAGUUGUUCGAAUUUCUUUGGAAAAUGCCUCAAGUUAUCACGGUGCUAGCACUGGGCUACCAGCGGAGGUUAACACCGCAAUACAUGAAGCUAUUCGAUAGUCCUUACGUGUGUCAGUUGAAGCUGACCCCGAUUGAUACGCUGCUGCACAAGGCGAUCGCGUGUCAGUUUUUGAAUGUGACUGCUAUUCCAUUGGAUCUGGAGCGCGCCAUUCAUACAAUGAGCAGCGGAAACCCCGGUUGGAUGAAUACCUUCAUGAUGUCCCUGAAGCAGAGUGGUUUGUUGCGAAUCGUCCGGAUGGGUUCCUUCGAAGCUCAUGCCAUAGGUUAUGUGUUCUGCGAAGCCAACUUUCUGAUUCGAACAAGCACACGAUCUACACUAUCCUUUCGAAUGAGCUGUGCCGAUUGGGAAUUGUUUGAAACGUGCUGCGAAGAGGAGCAAUUCCUUCCGUACGCCCUGGCAAACCUUUCCAACAAACUGGUGGACGUGGCUUGUUUGAAAGCGGACAUCGAUACCCAAAACUACUUUUCAUCUUCCUGCCUGGAUGCGUUCCAUUUGAUGUUGUACGAUUCGCUUUCCUCUUAUGAACAGUACGUGUGUAAAUGUGCCGCUGUCCUCGGGGAGAAAUUUCUACGAGUUGCGCUAAUCUUUGUGAUCGCACAGUACAAAGAACGAGACGUUGCUAUUACAAUUCAAAAGCUUUUUGAUCUCCAAAUAUUAUCAUGUGCCAUUGGGGACUUCAGUUCAGGACUCAGUCUAUAUCAAAAGAAUGUCAACACCGAAAAUCUUCCAAAGGGUACUUGUGCUUGUAUCGAUUUGACGAUCGCACGGUCCUGCCGCGAUCUUCCGCGAUAUGCAGCGUGUGGAUACUCAAAAUUCAAUUCUAAUCUAUUCCGCCAGACGGUCUACAAUUUACUAACCGAGGAACAGAAGACCGAGUUUCACAGCCGGGCGCUAACAUUCAUAGAACGUGAGACUAAGCGGUGUGAUUCUUGUGGAGGAGGGUCUUUUCGUAAUUUGAUAACCAGCGACGAUCAAUUCGAUGUAAUCACGGGAUUUAAAAAACGCAGGGAUUCGGAUCUAUCAUACAAAACUCUACUUUAUAAAAGUGGUCCAAGUAGGUUUUCAAUGCAGUCCUACAAACGCGAAGACAUUAUGUUUGAUUGCUUUUGGUGGCGAAAGCAAGAUAAGCCAGGCCUCAGGGUUCCUAUUCUAAGUUACCGAGAGUACGAUUUCACCCGCUGUCGCUGCCAUAUGAUUCUCUACUCCAUGUAUAAAGAAAUCGUGUUCCAUAGCCAUGGUGCGGGAAUGACGGAGAAGCAUGUUGAGGCGCAAAUUGAGUGGGCAAACUGCUGCAUCAAGAUUGCAAAUAUUCCUAAAGCGAUUCAGAUGCUAGAAAGCGUGCAGAAGCAGAUAAAGGAUAUCGAUCGACCGGAUAAUAUAGCAUUAGUAAUAUAUUUGAAAGGACGCUUGUACACGCAACUAGCAGUGUGCCGAUUCAAGCUGGAACAGUACAGUCUAGCGACUGAAUUUUUCUACACCGCUUGCGAAGUAAUGGGUAUGCCUUUUCCAAAGUCUAGUAAUAUCGCCAAGAUUGAAUUUAUCAGGCUUUUCCGUAAGGUGAAGAGUCUGGUACGCCGGCGAGAGCUCAGCUUGGACAAUCAACCAAAAUCAAUGUGGUAUGUACUGAUCGCGUCUCAGCUGUCAUCCUGCUUUGCUGGAAUGUUGAACUUAUUCCGUAAGUUAACGAAAUGGACCCUUGCCCAACUGGCCGCUGUGUGGAGCCUAAAACAUGCUCUCAAAUAUCGAAGAAAUCCAUCCAUUCUGGUGGAUGCCUUCGCCGGAAUGUUUCAAAUUGCUUUCCACAUGGGAUUUUCCGAUGAUAUUACGUGGAUGCAGGAGAAAUCCCUUAACAUUAUUGCCGACAAUGUAGAUUACAUCAACAUGGACUACAUGAAAUCUAUUGUCAAAUACUAUACUGCCCUGCUGAUGUGCCAAACCAUCCGGUCCACAAAGCUGCUUUCGAUCGAGCUAGGAAAAGUCGUUUUGAGAAUUACGGACACUCUACAAUAUCGAACAGGCGACUGGGACAUCAUACCAAUUCUAGCCGAACUUUUGAUGUCACACAGAAAAAUCUCCGAAGCGGUCAGCAUGCUUUGGAGCUUCCAAAGCUUAACGGCUCGAAAUAGGGAUAGUUCAGGCAGGGCUUGGUAUUACGCCAUUGCUUUGGACAUUCUAUUGGAUUCGAGUUGCUGCAUCGAAACGUACAAAAGCUGCGAAAGUUUUAUUCUGAAAAAUUGCGAGGCUAUAGGUUAUGAACGGGAUGCGUAUGCCGUCACCAGAUUGUACGCAGACUUAUGGCUUUGGUGCGUUCGCUACGAUGCCUGGGAAACAGCAGAUACUUGGAUGAAUAAGCUGCAGGAGGUUUUUGUGCUCACUCCACACGAUUCAAUGAUAAACGUACACACGGCUAUUCGAGUACUGGAAGGUUUUAUUUUGACGCUGGUCAGUAAGGUUGAAGCCAGGAGUAUUUUAGCUAUUGUUAGACUGCAGGGAGAAAUUGAAAAGCUGUUGGAAAAUAUUGAAGAUGCUCUAGACAUUAGCAAGUGUCACGAAGCCAAGUACCGACUGUUGGAAGUCUACUACAACGAAGUGACUCAUCCGAGUGUUAGUACUUUAAACAAAUUGGCAAAACUUCGAAAGCUGGCGAUUUCGCGAAAUGAUCACCUCUGCGCGGAGAAAAUUCUUCAUACAAUGCAGGUAGAGUACUCAUAUUUCCAUCAACCAAUCCAUUAUAAAUGCAUGGUGUCGCAUCAUUUUGAUCGUAACAAACAGUACUGGCGCUGCGAGCUGUCGCCGAAGAUCGAAACAUUCUGGUUAGAUCACUGUUCAAACGAAAGCGUGACGAUUGAAAAUGAUGUGCGAGAUGAUGAGUCGACCUCAACGGAGUAUCGAUAUAACUAUACAAAUUGCAUACUUAAUUAUGAACGGAUUUAUCCUUACUCGCUACCACUACCAAGAGCAAGAUAUUUUUAAUGGAAUUUUGUAGGCUUUUUGAUGAACUAUUAAUAAAUUAUUGA